CACUUGAGCCUCGUAAUGAACCCAGGGCGCGUGUGAAUGUGCCUUGAGUGGAGUAAAGCCCCUUUCUUCUUCAGGGCAGGGUGUGUUCUUCCAUCAGCGCGCACAAGCUGAAAACACUGGAUUUUAAGCGUUUCUAUGGUUACGUCAUUCCGCACGGAGGCUAAUUGGUGAUUCUUGUAGGUUGGAUAAGCUACACGAUGUCUUCUGGACGGUACACUGGGGGCCGACACGGACAGUGAGCAAAAAUAUUAGCCCAGAAGAUGAUAUUAGCCCAGAAGAUGAUGCUAAAGGACCGCCGCGUCUGAGGAUGAAAAUCCCGCCCAAAUAGGUGUUUGCAAAAAGGCUAAGGCGAGAUCUCGACCUGGAAAAUGGCAGCUGUCAGUUUAACGGAGCCGCUUUGCCAGCCGUGUGGGUACAACAGUCGUUUCAAAGUCGAGCUGUUCGUGAAGAAGCCCCUGAUGCCCAUCCACCUGAGCCCUGAGCAGGUAGCACUGGAGAUGCUGUGCUUUUGCAGCCAGCUGGACCUUCUCAUCAGGGCUCAGGUUCAUCAGUUUCAGGGUCAGCUAAAACAAGACACAAGCCCUGAAGAAUUAGAAUCGUUCCAAAAACAAGGUGCUGAAAUCAUAGAUCAGAUGAACCAGCGCCUUGAACACUUGCCUAAACCUGCACCACUGUUGGAGGACUAUUUGGACAUUGCCGGAUUGUCUGUCAUGUUUCCACGAGUAGAAGUUUAUAUUAUCCAUGGCAGCCCCGUGUAUAUGCUGGAGAGGCCACCUCUGGAUGGCUACUUCCCUCACCUCGGCAGGCUGAACCAGUUGCUGGUUCUGAGUCAGCAGCUAGAAGAUGAUGUGAAGCACCUAGGGAGCCACAAGUACAUCGCUCAUCAGCUUGCUGUUAUAUAUCAAGUGCUUAAUUCUCUCAAUGACAUAUUGUCACUGACCCCUAUAAAGAAGGACAUUGAAGCCAACUUUAAGCAGAUGAAGAUGUCUUUGGUGACAGAGGAAGGGUCCAAACAAGAGCCGCAGUUACCAGCCCAGUACAUCAGUUGGAUAUCACAGUUGACACACAACAUCAUAUCAACUGUAUCUUCACUCACAGAAGAACUCACUGAGGAACUCAGCCCAGUUAUGGCGUUUGUCUCCAAGUGGUCCUGACACAACUUCUAUUUAGUCUGUAGUCUGUUGAAUUGAUGGGAUGGCAAUCAACUGUGCUGCAGUGUGCAGCUGGCUGGUAACACUAUUAGAAGUAAUUGACUGUAAUUGCCCACUGAUAAUUGCUCAUAAAAGAGCAGAUGAGAUGCUCACUCUUUACAAUAUAACCAGAAAGUAUUACUGACAGUAUUAAUGUUUCAUAGCAAGCCACAAACUAACUAUACUGACCUAGACCAGAUAAAUAAUUAGCAAAUCACCAGGCAGUCACCAUGAAAUAUUAGGAGUACCACAGAAUAGACUCUGACGAUGACUAGUUAUAAACAUUAUUAUUGUUUACUACUGUUUAAUAAUGCUCUAAGUUCACUCCCAUUCUGUUCUGUUGUUACUUAUGGUGCUAACAACAUUCAGUCACAUUUGAAAUACAAUUAAACAUCU